CACUUGGUAGCGCAGUACAUGAUUCAGGGCUACUACAUGUUAUCGCCAAAACUAUUCAGUCGAUGACUAGUAAUUUGGAUGUAUGGGAAGUGUUUGUAGUAUUUGCUUUGUUGAUUUUGAUUGUGGCCACAUUUAUUAGCCAUACUGUUGGAGCAUUGAUUAUUUUGCCUAUUGUCGCUGAGAUUGGAGAUGAUUUGGGUGGUUCACAUCGAAAUUUACUCGUCAUGGGGUCGGCAUUAAUGUGUUCUGUAGCUAUGGGAUUACCAAUAUCUGGUUUUCCGAAUAUGAACGCGAUAAUGAUGGAAGAUGAAAUGGGAUUACGAUAUCUUAGUAUAAUGGAUUUUGUAAAAUCUGGUAUACCUGGAUCUGUUCUAGGAAUGGUGACUAUAGUUACGGUUGGUUUUGGAUUAAUGUUACUUGUCGGUUUUUAA